AAAAGGAGUCGCAGUGUCACACGAGGCAGUGGAUAGACUCUUACUGGACCUCAAUCUGACUGGCAGCACUUGACUUAUCACUAUUUGGUGGACUUACUUCAAUCAACAAUUCACGUAAGACAAACAUCUAUCAUCAUGGCUGAGUCUGGCUUCCCUUUACCACCUGAUUCUAUCUGUCCACUAUGUGUGGACACACUGAGAGACCCGGUCACCAUUCCCUGUGGUGACACUUACUGCCUGGAGUGCAUCAAGAUCUACUGGGACCAGUUUGACCACAUGGGUGUGUACAGCUGCCCACAGUGCCGUUCGACCUUCACGCCCCGGCCUGUCCUGAGACGUAACCUGCCUGAUGUCCACCACGAGCCACGGCCACAGCUCCCGGAGCUCACUCCUUUUCCCGACAUGCACCGUGAAUCUUUCUGCGAUUUCUGUGUCGGCCGUCGCAACAGAGCCGUCAAAUCCUGCCUCAUGUGUUUGGCUUACUACUGUGAGACGCACGUCAAGCCUCAUUAUGAGUCGUCCACCUUCAAAAGGCACAAGCUGGUGGAUGAGACAGGCCACCUGGACAGGAAGAUCUGCCCCCAGCAUGAGAAAGGCCUGGAGCUGUUCUGUCGCUCUGACCAGAUGUGCAUCUGUGUGCUGUGUACUGUCAGAGAGCACCGCAGCCACAACAUUGCCUCAGCAGAAGAAGAGCGCACCGAGAAACAAAAAAUCCUGGUGGUCACCCAGACUGAGGUCCAGCACAUCAUUCAAGAGAGAAUGAAGGAGCUGCAGGACCUCAAACAUAAUGUGGAUGUACUAAAAAGUAAUGCCCAUCGAGCACAGACAGAAAGUGAUAAGACCUUCCAUGAAAUGCUGCAGGCGGUGGAGCGCUGGAAGGCUGAAAUCAAUCAGAUGAUAAUGGCCAACAUGCAGACAGCAAUGUCACAGGCUGAGGGCUACGUGGGACGUCUGGAGCAGGAGAUAAUGGAGCUGCAGCGCCGAGAUGCAGAAUUGCGACAGAUCCUCGAAACAGAGGACAACAUUCACUUUCUGCAGAAUUUUCCAACCCUGUGUGUUCCUCCUGAGGCCAUGGUGCCCAAAGUGCUCAUCAACCCCCAGUUCUCCUUUGGAGAGAUGAGCAAAACAGCCUUGGAGAUGAAAGAACAUUUGGAUGAUAUCUGCAAAAAGGAACUGAGCAAAAUUUCCAAGACAGUCAGUGAAACUCCUGUGUACAUACUUUUGCCAAGAAAUGGAGACAAACGCCUCAAAGUUCCGUCCAGGGUAGAUCUCCAGGAGCCAAAAGCCAGAGCAGAGUUUUUGAGAUAUUCCUGCAAGAUGUCCUUUGAUCCAAAUACAGUCUACAAAGAGCUGGUCUUGUCAGAUGGGAACCAAAGGGUCACCCGGAAGAAAACAGUCCAGUUUUACCCCGAUCAUCCAGAUCGCUUUGAUGGCUUCUCCCAAGUGCUGUGCAAGGAGCCUAUGACAGGUUUCAGAUUUUACUGGGAGGCAGAGUGGAACGGGGAGUUUUCCAUAGGGGUGGCCUAUAAGAGCAUCAGCCGCAAGGGGAAGAAUUCACACAGCCUGCUGGGCUACAAUGACAAGUCAUGGAGCCUCCUCUGCUCAGAAUCAGGUUAUUCUGCCUGGCACAACAAAACAGACAAAGACCUUCCUGAUGCUCCCAGGGCGACACGGAUUGGUGUCUACCUGGACUACGCAGGCAAUACUGUAGCCUUUUACUCAAUAUCUGAGAACAUGGAGCUUAUCCACAGAUUCAAAGCUCAGUUCAGUGAGCCUUUGUAUGCUGGUUUUGGUGUGGGCUCCUCAGUUACCCUCUGCCAACUCAAGCCAAAUCAGGCACCUUAUUAAGCAGAACCCAGGAAAAUUUUCCAAUGUGAAGGGUAUAAAACACACGCUGAUAUGCAUUUCAUAUUGAUUGUACAGUAUAGAAAGUUAAGUUAGUUUCUGCAUAAUUAAAUUUUACCAACUCCUGGGGAAAAUAACUGACUUUUUGGCUGCUACAUGCUCCUCCGUGUUCACCAGUUAAACCCUAAGUGUGUGUUUCUUCUGUUUGGGACCAAGCUGUAGUAGUUUUGAAGAGCUUUUUGAAAAGCUACCUAAAGCAAAGGUAGAAUUCUAGGUUCAUCACUGGUCCUCUCAUAUUAUCACACUGUUUUCACACUGUUUUCAUAUCGACUAUAGCAAAUUGAAUGAUUAAAGCAUCUAAUACAGCA